AGUGCAACGAUAAUCCAAUAUGAAGCAUCUACUUCAACUGAUCAAUUUGUUGCUUCUGCUCGUGCUUGGGUCAAGUGACUUUAACACAUGUAUACCUCCUUAUUACUGGGAUUCCGUCAACGAAAACUGCGUCAAGUUCCACGUUAUCACAACCGAUUUAGGUAACUUGCAAAGCAGACAAACAAUACCACAACAGUGCGAAGAAGGUUUUGUAUGGGUAGAAAGUAUAAUGUCAUGCGGUAAGGAAUGUACUUAUAAAGAGUGUCACAAUCCUGCCGCAUUGCACUCGCAUACAGUCACUGAAAUCUGCAAUAAAUAUGAAUAUCUGGACUUGAGAAAGCGAAUUUGUAUGCCCCUAAAAUUGCCUAUGGAAGAAAUUUAAGCAAUGUGUGCUCCGUCAGGCAGUAGUUAAAUGUUUGAGGAAUAUCAAUAAACGAACUAAAAAACA